AUGGAAAACACAUCAAGAGCACUAGUUUUAGUUGUAGUUUUAUGCGUUGCGGUUCUCAUCACUCCAGGAGCGGCUAAUGAUCAACCACCGAGCUCAUGGUCAAAAUCUCCACUGACUUCUCCUGUCGACCUAGAGAAAUGCUGGAUGUCUCUUUUCAACGUCGAAGGAUGUGUACUCGAACUCAUCCAAUCAGUUUUCUCAGGCAAGUAUGGAAAAGUUGGAGUCGCGUGUUGCAAAGCGUUUUCCACCAUUGAUGCUAACUGCUGGCCUUAUAUGUUCCCCUUAAACCCUUUCUUCCCACCUCUUAUUAAAGACAGUUGUGCCCACAUCGUACCAAAGUUACCCGCACACAAGUGA